CCAGAGUGGAGGCCGUACACAGCAGAGCCUCUGGCACUGUGCCAGACAGCACUGCCAGAGCUUGAGUGAACAGGGAGAGAGAGGGGGUGAGAGGAGUGGACUGAGAGAGUUUGAGCAGGGGAGGAGAAAGAGUGAGAGGGGUAAAGAGAGAGAAGGAGAUGGAGAGUGAGUUUGUAUAUUUAGAGGAAACAUGGAAAGAGAGAGCAUCGGGAACCAACUUUGCUCUGUGGAGAUUUGAGAAUUGCUCUUAUCUUUAGGUGUGAGAAUUCCUUUUUUUCUUUUACAUAAGACAGAGAGUUUCGAAAGGCGUUUUAUACAUCUGCAUCGGAGACAAAUAGCUAUUUUGUUUUCAUAGUGAUCUCAUGAUUGAUUCGCAAUUGGUGCUUUGGAGAAGGACAGAGCUGAAAUCUGUGAUCUUUCCAAACAUAGCUGCUGUUUGCUUUCUGGACUGUGCGGCUUGACUCUCACUCUCACACUCUCACACUCUCACACUCUCACACACGCACACACACACACACACACACACACACACACACACACACACACACACACACGCACACACCUGUUGGUGAGGAUCCCCUGUGAGUGCAGCCAUGGGUGUCUGCACAGUUGUUGCCUGAGUGGAUCAGAGGAUCUGUGUGUCUGAACAGCAGCUGUCUGGACACCUCAGUGGAUGGUACUGUAAAGGCACAACCUGCCCAUCCUGUCCCAUCCUCAUUGGGGUAGAGCCUGAAGAAAUGUCAUCCUUCUACCCACGUACUAAGGAACUGUCUCGCACUAGGAAGUCACUGUCCGAAUCUCCACCCUCCUCUCCGUCACCCACCGCCAAGAACUUCAGACAUGACAGGGUAUCAAGGUUGGACUCCAGUGGGGCAGACAGCAGCUCAGACCGACCGCUGGGGCGCACCAGCUCCUACACACGCAGGGAGACCAGGCUGGCAGCUCUCAACAAGCAGGAGGACAACACCAGUCCCAGAGACUACAAGAAGAUGUACGAGGAAGCUUUGACAGAGAAUGAGAAGCUCAAGUCCAGGCUAGAUGACAGUAAACAGGAGCUGGCCAAGAUCAGAACACAGCUGGAGAAAGUCACCCAGAAACAGGACAGGAUAUCUGAAAGAUCCAGUGUACUAGAAUCUGAAAAAAGGGAAAAACAGGUUCUUGAGAAGAGAGUGACAGACAUGGAGGACGAGUUGAAGGCCUUUCCUGCUCUGGCUCAGCUUCAGACCCUGCGGAGGGGCAACGAGCGUCUCCUGGCUGAGAACAGGGCCAUGCUGCGCGUCCUCGCCCGCCUCUCUGAGCUGGCUUCCCUGCCUGAGACAGAGGACCUGUAGUCCCCCAACCCUUUCAGCUCCACCUUCCUCUGUUCUGCACCCAACUCUACCUUUUCUCCAACACCGCCUCUGCCCUACUCUUCUCUUCCACUCGGUUAUCCUGCUCCUUUCUCCUUCCCCUGCUGUCCUCCUCUCAGGCAGGUCCCCUCCUCCCUCCCUCUCUCCUUCCAUGUCCCACCAUUGUGCCUCUCCCACUACCUCACCCUGAGUCACUCUCAUAAGGCCAUAAGAGGGCACCUCCCUGCGCCCUCCCUCUCUCCCAACAUCAUCUUGUGACCAUGUCUUAUAGUCUAUCUUUAGAGACAUCCAUGCUGCAUGGCUGAAACCCCUAACAGGACUGUGGCAAGGCCUGUGCUGUCACACUUGCACUGUGACGCUUCACUGGUGGUGUCAAUGCAGUGUAGGUUGUUGAAAAGUCAUAAACGUGUCCAAUCUCAGCACUUGUAUACUAUCCCCCUGGGCAGUUUGUACCAUGCUGUAACACUGAAUGCAGCAUUAGGGAUCCUUAAGAAAUGGGACAUUCUGGACUCUUCUGUUUGUCAGAGUUCAGUGGGAGUGGAAUGUCUGAGCUCAUUGGCUCUCAUUCAGCAUUCAGUUAGUAAUAAACCACUUUCCUCUGUUCCAAACAUGUGCAUAAUAGGGUGUGUGUGUCUAUGUUUCUCUCUGUAGAAGCAGGGACAAACACUGCUUGUUUCUGAGAAGCAUCACCACUAUGCACUUUUAAAACAUCAUGCAGAACCAAAUACUGCUAGUGAAAAGCCAAACGAGUUUUAGAGAACAGUAUUAGAUCCACUAUCUUCCAGACAUUUCAAAGUCUAUGGAGGAUAGGGGACAUUUUGAAAAAUAUUGUGGUUAUUUUUAGUCAUUACUCAUGCUGUGGAAGAACUGACCUAGAUUUAGGACAUUUUCUUUCUCAUCUUCCUUCCUUCAUCAUUCUCUUUCCCACUCUUCCCCAUCCUCACCCUCUCUCUUUCUUUAUCCUGCUGCCUCUGUUUGUGUUCCUUACUUUCACUCACUCAGAUCCACUCAUCUCAUUGUAUGCUCACAUCCAGCACUGUCCAGCUUCAAUCAUUGACUUCAUUCAUUUGUCUGGUGUUCAAUUAGUGGUCACAUUCCAAAAGGAAAAAAGUGUUAGAUAUUGGUUUUAUAAAUUACUAUUGAUAGUUAAUAUAAUAUUCGUUAUUGUUGAAUAUGUUUAACCAUCAGUAAAUGUUUUCAGUAGGCAACUACUGCUUUAUCUAAUGGUGUUCUGUAUGCUUCC